GACUUUUUGUUUACAAACAUUGACAUUUUCAUGUCAGAUUAUUUUGGAUUUUUAGAUGUGAUAAAGAAACGAUAUUUUGUGGUGAUAGAAAGUGAAUCUCAGUAUAAGAAUCUCACCAGGAGCCAAAGAAAAGUGUGUGGAAUCAAUGGGACAGACCAAGAGUCAGUUUACAGAGGAGGAACUGCAAGAUUACGAGGAUCUCACUUUCUUCACGAAAAAGGAAAUUUUAUGGUGAGUUCCUGGGUACGACGGCAAGGUAAGAAAUGUUUAUUUAGCUUUUUGGGGAUUUUUUGCAGUGCUCACAAGAAGUUUAAAGCCCUGGCUCCGGAGAAAGUGGGACACAAUAAGAAUGCCAAAUUGUCGAUGCACAAGAUCCUGCAGUAUCCUGAACUGAGAGUUAAUCCCUUUGGGGACAGGAUCUGUAAGGUUUUUAGUUCAAGUAGCGAUGGAGACUGCACAUUCGAGGACUUCCUGGACAUGAUGUCAGUGUUUAGUGAUGCAGCCCCGAAGACUGUGAAGGCAGAACAUGCUUUCCGGAUCUUCGAUUUUGACGGAGACGACAUGCUGGGAGUGAGUGAUCUUCGCCAGGUCAUCGAGAGACUCAUCGGCGAGGGCAAUACCCUCACGGACAACGAUGUCAAACUCCUGAUUCAGACCAUCCUGGACGAAGCGGAUCUCGAUGAUGAUGGAGCCCUUUCGUUUGCCGAAUUCGAACACAUUAUCGACAAAUCCUCCGAUUUCUCCAAGUAAUUGCAACACCAAAAAAUUGGUCAUAAAUUGCCUUUAUUGGACUAUCUAAUUUUGAUUUAACCUAUUUACAGCUCAUUCCGUAUUCGUCUGUAGUCACCAUUCAUCAGACUCUAGUGAUUUUUACAAUAUAUAUUUAUUACAACAAUUAACACUGUCUCUCGAAUAUCUUCCAUACUCGAUGUUUUAUUUCUUUUUGGCCUUUGCCAUUGAAUAAACACAUUCUCACAAUAGAAAA